UUUGUUUUAUUUAAUUUAAUUAAAAUGAUUUGGAAUAUAAACUACAUUUUCGUUUUGUGCUUGCUGAGUGCCAUACAAUUCGUUUGCCGUGCUAAGACAAUAAAGAAGGCCGGAGCCACUCUGAGGCAGCCCUUCGAUGAUGACAACAAUUGGCAGGGCCGCUGGUUUCCCCAUGCGCCAGGUGAAACGAAUAAAGAAAAACUGCAACGUACGGAAUCUUGGACAGGCAGCUGGUUUCCCUAUGCUCCUGGUGAGCCACACAUAUUGAAAACGGAGCCAUCGGUUUUCACUACCGAGAAGCCAACUCCAAAGUUCAAAGACAGUUGGCAGGGUAAAUGGUUCCCCCAAGCGCCAGGAGAACCACAUAUCCUAAAAGCAGAAGUUGCAGAGAAGCAGAAUCUCGUUUGCGAUGAUGGUGUAAAUAACCUGCAUGUCGAUUACGACCCGGAAGAUAUACGUCAGAAUUAUAAUUACCUCUGUUUUGCUGCCAAUCGAAGCCUCUUUAAUCCCAACUUGAACAAAGAGGCUUUGCUGACGCAACACUUUUUGCCCAGUGCCUUCCUUCCGCCCACCAAGUGCCUGAAUGAGUCCAUUGAGUACACACACGAGCCAGCCACAUGCGGCUCUUUUCGUCCACUCCCUGCUGUCUAUGGCACCUACAAAUAUUUGCCACCUCAGCGAUAUAUCCGCAAUCUUGCCGAAGGUGCCAUUGUCCUGCUUUAUCAUCCCUGCGCCUUCCAGGGUCAAGUGGCGCAGUUGGAGAACAUUGUACGCGGCUGCCUCUACCGUCAUCUCGUUACUCCCUCACAGCUGCUGACACCGGAGCGACCAUUGGCUGUGCUAGCGUGGAGGCAUAGCUUAACUAUGUCCGUGGUGGACAGGGAAUUGGUUGGCCAGUUCAUUCGAAAAUAUGCCAAGCAAGGGCCAUUGGCUAUUCCAAUUCUUUCACGCGUUGUGGAGAAGCGCGACAGCUAUAAGGCGGCGUUGUUGACAGAAGCGCGGCUUGUGACUGAUCUCGAUGAUAGUGAAGUGUGUGGAUACUUGGAGCAGCAAAUGUAACAUUUGUUAAUUAUUUAGAACUUUUGAAUAUAAUGUGCAAUUAAUAUUUUUUUAAAUCUAAUGCCCACGCAUUAACUUUGUUUAAAUUGAGUAAUCGAUUAUGAAAUAUCGCAGACUGUCGCUUAUCGACAUGAUGUAUCGGAGCAGCGAUAGUUUAUGUGGUGGUCGGCUGAUAGUCGAACGGCAAUUUGUUUUUUUUUUUCCACUCUGCCAUAAAUACCUUUUGUUUUGCGGCACUCACGCAUUCAGUUCGUUUCUCUUCUACAGCUAAAAGCAACUAAUAAACGAUACGCGUUAGCCCUAUCAGACCGCCGUUUGUAUUUCAUUGUUUUUUUUUUAUUGCACACCAGCUGGAAGCGCAAAGAAGAAGCACGGCCCAGCCAUAAACAGCGGAGAGGUGAAACAAAGGAGACGGCGACGGCGACGGCGCAGCGCACACAAAAACACAAUUAAUAUAUUUUUUGUAUAAAUUGUCGCCGUUGGAUGUGUAAAAAGAACGCGAAAGCAACGAAGCUGCCAGUAGUAAAGUGAUCGCACAUCGUGUGAUAAUUACCCAGAUACGUGAU